AUGGCACCAGAGCUGCUUGCAUCUGUGGCUGCUCCCACCCCCAGCACGUCCACAGGGACGUGGGGUGGCCAGGUGGUGGGGGACGUCACCACCCCACAGCGCCAGGAGCUGGAUUCUGGCACAGCAGCACCUGCGGGUGAGGGGACUGAGGCCAAAACCACCAAGCAGUGGGACAGGAAUGCAACAGGACUGGCGGAGAGCACGGCAUGGUCAAGCAUCGCUCCUCCCCGCAGCACGUCACCUGCCCGUGGCCAGGAUGUGGGCAGCAGCUCCACCGAGGACCCGCAGCUCCUGGGGACAGGGAGCACGGAGGACCUGCAGCUCCUGGGGACGGGGCCCCCUACAGCGACAGGGACAUGGGUGUCUUUGCAGAGACCGGCGGGUCCCCGGCCAGGUAGUGCCCCUUUCCCUUUCUCACCAGGUGAUGGUACCCACAAGCAGGCGGUGCCUCCCUGGGACCCCAUGGCGCAAAUGCCACACCGCCACCAUGGAGCAUCACCUGCCCCACCGAACCUGCGGCACGACACUGGCCGCUGGGGGCUGGUGCUGGCUGGUGUGAACAGGAGCCGGAGCCCUCCUUUGCCUAACAGGAGGGUGGCUAACACUGUGGAUCCUCCUCUUGCCAAUAACUCUGGUGCUCGCGAGUUUGAUUUACUAACUGCCACUGCGCAGCUCUACAGUAGUGGCGCAGGGCUUGCAUCCUUCUUACCCAGACUGAUGCCACCAGCUGGCCAUUGCCUGCCCAUCCCGACCCACCUGCCCUUCUGCAGUGUGCUGGGCACCGACCAUUUCAGAUUACCGAAUUACCUCCGCCAUGGCAGCGAGGCGGAAAUUCGGGCGGCUUUGCAUGAGUGGGAGGGGUUGCUUGAAUCGCGGUGCCAUCGCUACGUGGAGUGGUUUCUCUGCUUGCUCCUGCUCCCUGGGUGUAGCGCCUCGGUCCCCGUAACCCCCCCGCCGUGCCAGGGCUUCUGCGAGGCCAUCAGAGACCAGUGUUGGACGCACUUGGCCAGCGGGCGCCUGCCUCUGCCUUGUGAUGCUCUCCCCGAGGAGGAUGAAGGGUAUUCUUGUGUCUUUAUUAAUGCUUCUGCAGAGAACCUGAGCACUGAGGUCAGCCUCCUGGAGCUGAUUGGAGACCCCCCGCCAGAGGAGAUCCUCAAAAUUUAUGGCCCCGACAACAACCCCGGCUACGUCUUUGGCCCCAAUGCCAACACGGGCCAGGUGGCCCGGUACCACCUGCCAAGCCCUUUCUACCGGGACUUUUCCCUCCUGUUCCACAUCCAGCCCACCACCCCCCGGGCCGGCGUGCUCUUUGCCAUCACGGACUCCUCGCAGAGCAUCAUCUAUGUGGGCGUCAAGCUCUCAGAGCUGUGGCUGGGCAAGCAGCAGAUCAUCUUCUACUACACAGAGCCGGGCUCGCCAAGCUCAUAUGUAGCAGCCACCUUCACCGUGCCCACCUUGCUCAACCAGUGGACGCGCUUUGCCAUCAGCGUGGAGGAGGACGAAGUCAUUCUCUACCUGGACUGUGAGGAGCAUGAGCGGGUCCACUUCGAGCGCUCCCCAGAUGAGAUGGAGCUGGAAGAUGGCUCAGGGCUCUUUGUUGCUCAGGCUGGAGGAGCUGACCCAGAUAAAUACCAGGGGGUGAUUGCCGACUUGAAGCUGCAAGGGGACCCACGGGCAGCCGAGCGCCAGUGUGAGGAAGAGGAGGAUGACACUGAGGAGGUCUCUGGUGAUUUUGGCAGCGGGGCAGAAGGUGGACACCAAACCUUGGGGAAAGACAGGGGUGUUCCGGGACUGGUGGAUGCUGUCCCUGUCACCUCUCCCCCUGUGGCAGUGGGCAGCGGGCCGAGGAGCGUUUCCACAGGCACCGGCCCCAAAGGCGAAAAGGGGGAGAAGGGUGAGCGUGGCCUGAAAGGGGACUCAGGGACCGGCAGCAUCAUGGGUACAGGCAGUGUCAAGGGUGAAAAGGGGGAGAAAGGAGAACUGGGCGUUAAGGGCAGUGCUGGAUUUGGCUACCCGGGCUCCAAGGGCCAGAAAGGGGAGCCGGGCGAUCCUGGCCCCCCCGGGACCCUCUCACAUCACACCGACGGCUUGGUGGUGGAGCAAGUCACCGGUCCCCCAGGGCUGCCGGGGAAGGACGGAGCCCCUGGCAGGGACGGCGAGCCUGGGAGUCAAGGUGAUCCCGGCGAGGAUGGCAAACCUGGUGAUAUGGGACCACAGGGGUUCCCCGGGAUGCCAGGGGAGCCCGGUCUGAAGGGGGAGAAGGGUGACCCAGGCGUGGGGCCAAGGGGACCCCCUGGACCACCUGGUCCCCCAGGACCACCAGGACCCUCCUCCAAGCAUGACAAACUGACCUUCAUCGACAUGGAGGGCUCUGGUUUCGGCGGCGACCUGGAGAGCCUGCGGGGUCCCCGAGGGCCACCCGGUCCUCCAGGGCCACCCGGUGUGCCUGGUUUGCCAGGGGAACCAGGACGGUUUGGGAUGAACCGCACAGACCUGCCAGGACCUCCAGGGCUGCCGGGCAGGGAUGGGACCCCUGGGCCCCCGGGACCAGUGGGUCCUCAGGGUCCUCCUGGAAGAGACGGGGCGGCUGGGCAGCCGGGGCCGAAAGGAGAGCGGGGUGAUGUGGGUGACCUCGGCCUCCCCGGUGCACCGGGACCCAAGGGCAGCAAGGGAGAAAUGGGACCAGCAGGAGCCCCAGGAGAAAUGGGGUUAGCUGGCCUUCCUGGGCCCAUUGGACCCCGAGGGCAGCCAGGGCCCCCUGGUCUCCCGGGACCACCAGGGCCAGGCUACGAGGCUGGAUUUGGUGACAUGGAGGGCUCAGGGCUGCCAUUCGCCGCCAGCUCCCCUGGCUCACCCGGACCUGAAGGACCACAGGGGGUGCCGGGACUGCCAGGAGUGAAGGGGGAGGUCGGCAGCCCUGGGCAGCCCGGCUUGCCAGGACCAAAGGGAGAUGCUGGUGUGCCCGGUGUGGACGGCCGCCCUGGACUGGAGGGCUUCCCCGGACCGCAGGGACCCAAAGGUGACAGAGGCAGCCCUGGUGAGAAGGGCGAUCGAGGCCAAGAUGGUGUGGGGCUGCCUGGCCCCCCUGGUCCACCUGGUCCCCCUGGACAGGUCAUCACUGUCUCGAGUGAAGAUAAGUCUUUGGCGGCUUUGCCCGGUCCAGAGGGUAGACCGGGUCACGCCGGCUUCCCGGGACCAGUGGGACCGAAAGGAGAGCGGGGAUCAUCUGGUCCCCAGGGCUCCCCAGGCUCGAAGGGAGAGAAGGGGGAGCCUGGCGUCAUCAUCAGCCCUGAUGGGACCGUGGUCACUGCAAAGGUGAAAGGAGAAAAGGGGGAGCCAGGGCUGCAGGGACCGAUGGGACCCUCGGGUCCCCAGGGACGAGCAGGGAUGAAAGGAGAGAUCGGCUUUCCGGGCAGACCUGGACGUCCCGGCAUGAACGGGCUGAAGGGCGAGAAGGGUGACCCCGUGGAUGUCAGUAGCGUGCUGGGCUUGCGGGGUCCCCCAGGACCCCCAGGCCCCCCAGGGCCCCCUGGGCCGCCUGGCAGCAUUGUCUACGACAACAGCAAUGCCUUCAGCGACUCCAGCCAUCCUGCGCUGCCAGCCUUCCCUGGUUUCCACCAGUUUCCAGGACAAAAGGGAGAGAAAGGCGAUGCCGGAGCCCCGGGACCCCCAGGCCACUUCCCCUACGACCUGAGUCACUUCAGUGCUAACCUGCGGGGUGACAAAGGGGAGGCAGGUCCCAAGGGCGAGAAGGGCGAGCCAGGCAGCACCCCGCUCUAUGGUCCCAGCAUCUCCGGGCUGCCAGGGCCUCCGGGGCCCCAGGGCUAUCCUGGACUGCCGGGUCCCAAGGGGGACAGUAUCGUUGGGCCACCGGGGCCUCCCGGACCUCAGGGCCCCCCCGGUAUCGGAUAUGAGGGGCGGCAGGGCCCCCCCGGCCCUCCUGGCCCCCCUGGUCCACCCUCCUUCCCAGGCCCCCACAGACAAGCUAUCAGCAUCCCUGGACCCCCUGGGCCACCGGGACCCCCUGGACCACCAGGCACCAGCGGGACAUCCUUGGGGCUGCACACCCUGCCGACCUACCAGGCGAUGCUGAGUGCCGCACACGAGCUGCCCGAGGGCUGCCUCGUCUUCCUGACCGACCGGCAAGAGCUCUACGUCCGCUUGCGUGGGGGCUUCCGCCGGGUGCUGCUGGAGGAGCACACCCUGGUUCCCAGCUCAGCUCUGACAGCACCAACCCUCUGCCUGUCUCUCCCCCCUCCCCACCACGGACCUCUGCACCCCCUCCGCAACCACAGCCCCCCUCCCACCGCCCGACCCUGGCGCGGGGAUGAGGUGGUGGCCAACCAGCACCACCUGCCUGAACAACCCCUGCUCCACCACCAGCAUGAACUCCUCAACAGCUACUACAUCCACCGCCGGCCGGAUCCAGCCCCCGUGGCCGCCCACGUGCACGAGGACUUCCAGCCCGCCCUUCACCUGGUGGCCCUGAACGCCCCGCUGAGCGGUGGCAUGCGUGGUAUCAGGGGCGCUGACUUCCAGUGCUUCCAGCAAGCCCGGCAGGUCGGGCUGACCGGCACCUUCCGCGCCUUCCUCUCCUCCCGCCUUCAGGACCUCUACAGCAUCGUGCGCAGGGCCGACCGCGCCACCGUGCCAAUCGUCAACCUCCGGGACGAAGUGCUCUUCAGUAACUGGGAAGCCCUUUUCACGGGCAGCGGGGCCCCGCUGCGAGCUGGUGCCCGCAUCCUCUCCUUUGACGGCCGAGAUGUCCUGAGGGAUGCAGGAUGGCCGCAGAAGAGCAUGUGGCACGGCUCGGAUGCCAAGGGCCGGCGCUUGCCCGAGAGCUACUGUGAGACGUGGCGGACAGAGGAGCGCACUGCCACUGGCCAGGCUUCUUCGCUGGGCUCCGGCAAGCUGCUGGAGCAGGUGGCCAGCAGCUGCCAGCAUGCCUUCAUUGUCCUCUGCAUCGAGAACAGCUUCAUGACUGCUGCCAAAAAGUGA